ACCAGCACUGAUGCAGUCAGUUCCUUUUUUUUUGACACCCAGAAUUUGUAGGUUUUAAAAGGCAGAAUGGUAUAUUGUGGUUCCAGCUCAAAUUUUCUAUUAUUGACUAAUUUCCAGAUUUCUCCUUUUUUUUUUUUUUUUUUUUUUUGGUGUUGGAUUCUUCACGUGCUCAGCUUUCCCUGGUGCAUUUUCCAGUGGCACAAGGUAGAAAAACAAAUACUGAGUCUGAUCCCUACAGUAGUAGUUUGGUGAAACAUCUCCAGACACAAAACCAGCUUGUGUUGUUCCUCAGGUGUCAGAGCAGCACCAAGUUGCUGGAGUGCUUCCAAAACACGAGGAUUUGUGAGGAUUACCACCUGUAAGGGAUAAGAAAUUUCCACAGAAGUUUUGUCAAGGAUCAGUACAAGAAGCUUUUAGUGGGACUAGAACUUCCUGCAGGGCUGUCAGUGCAGUGUGCGUUUCCAAGGACAGAUAACCCUCAGGGCUGGAGGCUGUUCUCGGGAAGUUCCCUCCAAGGAUCUCUGUGUUCCAGUGCAGUGGAAUCAGCUCAAGGGCAUGGGACUCUACACAGCAAACACUGGCAACUCUUGGCAAUUCCACUCAUUUUUAGGGAGUGGUUCUGAGCUGCAAUUCUUACUUUGUGGGAGAAGUCAAAGUCCAGGCCAGUGCUGUGCUUUCAGCCCCUGAACGCUGCUGUGCUGCGGUUUGAGGCCUCAGCUCUGGGCACAGGGGUGGCAGAGGGGUCUGGAGUGAGGAGGGAACCAGGCAGGGAAUUGAGGGAUUGCUGCUCCUGCCCGGAGCACGAACGUGUUUGUAGCAGGCCAAAGGCCAUUUCUUUGCUUCAGCUAGCCAUUCCAGCACAGGGUCUGUUGCCUGGAGGUGCCAGCAGCCCUGCAGCUCCUGAUGUGCAUUUGAAAAUGGGGAUGAAGCCAGUGGCUCUCCUCACCCUUCCCGUGAGGUGUGAAUCACGGAGUCAUGAAAUCCAUGUGAAAUGAAAAGCAAAGGAGCUGAUGAUGGUUGGCAGCACUGCUGGACUGUGGGAGUGUUCACUGAGCGGGGGCCCCGCUGCCACAGACAGACUGCCCCUCACUGCUCUGGCUGAGCACAGCUGUGGGGCCGGCAGGUGUCACUUCCGUGCACCCAGCUGCCCAGCACUUCUGGGAGUCACUGGAAUCUCGGGAAUGUCCUUCCCUUUGGCUGCCGUCCUGCAGGCUCAGCCUGAGGCUCUGCCACCUUCUCCUGCCUCAGACGCGACUGUCAUGCUUGGUUAGGACUUUACCUGGCCAGGUAAAAGCAGCAAAGCAGCCUCAUUGAACACCUGUGGACUCAGCUUGUGGUGAAACCCUGGCAUAUCAAACACAAACGUGUACCUGGUCUGAUCCUUUUUCUGUCCCUAUGAUGACAAUCUCUUUAUAAUUGCCUGUAGGAUUCCUUCAACAUUUUUGUGGGAUUUUGCUGGUUUGGAAUGGUUUCAUAGAGGGGACCUUUGGCCACGGUUUCUUUGCUGUGACUGCGUCACAGAGAGAAAAACAAGUGGUGUUCCAGCUACUGGAAUAAAAAAAAAAAAAAAAAAACAAAAAAACCGCAACUGAAAGUUGCUGUGCAAGUUAUUCCAGUGUUCUCGUGCUGGUUUUAUUUUUUUUCCUGUCAUUGUUUAAUUUCUCAAAAUUUAUGCAAAGAAUUUAAGAUGGAAAAUUCAGGUCAAGUUUGAAGUACCAUUUAUCUGUGAUGAUACAGAUAAAUGUGUGCUCUGUUGGAGGGACUGUUGCCAGAUUUUGGGAAAGGAAAACAGGAAAAAAAUUUUAGCUAUGGCUGACGUUCCUUGCCCCCAGUUCCUCACUAUCCUCACUAAGUGAAUUAAUAUGGGAUUUUUUCUAUCUUAUUAAUUGAGGGCAUUCUCAUUUAAUAAGCUGCAUCCAACAAUCCACAAGCAUCUUACUCUUACAUCCCUUUGCUUUUAUUUAUGGCUUAAACAGAGGAAAAAGCUUUCAGACAGAAGAUCAUAUGCUUAGCUGACUGAUAACACACCAAGAGAAUGUGAUAUAAGUUCUGAAUGAUUUAGGGUUUGCUUUAGGUUUAGUAAAUAAAUUGGCAGUUUAGGUGGAGUAACAAAAAUAAAUCCAAGAAUCUUUUAAAAAUAUAACUGAUAGUUUUACAGAUUUUUCAUAUUCUCCUCAAGUCAGCACUGAACUUUUUUUUCUAGAUAGCACGGAUCUAAGUAUUAGUAAAAUAGUUCUUGGGACCUAAUUUCUAUUGCUGUUCAACGUUUUCCUGGGUUGUGAAUGUUUAUAUUCAGGUACCUCUGGAGGAAGAUGCCACUUUCCACUCCUGGUUUUUCCUUUGUACGUUCUAAAACUCUUCACGGUUUUAAUUAAUCUGUUAAUUAAAUAGGUACCACGAGGUAUCUGAGGAGACUUUAGAGCACCUUCCAGUACCUACAGGGCCUCCCUGGAAGCUGGAAAGGGACCUUAAACAGGGGCCUGCAGUGACUGGUUAAAGACAUGGCUUUUAAGCGACAGAGGGCGAGUUUAAAUGGGAUAUUGGGAAGAAAUUAUUUCAUCAGAGCAGGGUGAGGCCUUGGCACACGUUUCCCAGAGAAGCUGUGGCUGCUCUAUGCCUGCAAGUGUCCAAGGCCAGGUUGGAUAGAGCCUGGAGAAACCCGGGAUAGCGAAAGGUGUCCCUUCCCAUGGCAGGAACCAGACGGUCGUGACGUUCCCUUCCAACCCCAACCAUCCCAGGAUCUAACCAAAGUGGCGAUGGCCACAUGACGGUGAGGGAAGGUGACACGCGCGUUCCUGGCAGCCUUCCCGGCCGGAGGGAGCGGGGAGCGGGGAGCAGGGAGCGGGGGCCAGCUCCGACCGCCCGGCCUGAGGGAGCGCCUCUCCCGUCAGCGGCUCCGGCCGCCGCUCCGCCCUGGAGGCGGCACCGCCGGGACGGGCAGCACCGGCAAAGGCAGCAUCGCCUCCCCGUUUCCCGCACACGCCAGGAUUUGCCCGGGGAAGAAAUCUGUCUCAGAACUCCUGCUUUGGAGCUGCCUAUGUUUAAAAAAAUUCCUGACCUUCCCAUCUCACUGCUGCCUACAGAUUGCAGCAGCCAUGGAGACCUGAGCCACUGCUGCAGGCACUUGGGAAGAAGUAUGACCAAGAUGAACUGCAUCCUGCUGACCACCUGCAUUGUUCUGAUUGCUUUUUGUGGCUCUGGUUAUACCUUAAGAUGUUACCACUGUGACAACAGCCCUACCCUGUGCAGGACCAACAGCACCUGCUUAACGACUGAAGACACUUGCUUGCAAUUGAAAUUUGGUAAAUUGAGAACUUUCUCCUGCUGGAAGACAUCCCAAUGCAGUGUGAAUGAAAUUGCUGAUUCUUUUCUGUUGGAUAAUUUUGAAUUCUUCUGCUGCCAGCAGGACCUGUGCAAUGAGAGUGCAAUUACUGGGGUUAACAAAGCAGCCUUCAGUAUUGCUGCUGUAAUGGCCAUGUUAUGGAUGCUCAUGUAAUAAUCCUGAUUGUUAGCUGUCCUUUCAAGAUGAAAUUGCAUAAAACCAUUUAACUCUUUUCUACAUUGCAUAUUUUCACCUCCUGUUCAUAGGCAGAAACAUUCCCUUGUAAUUUUAAGUUUCCUAAGGUUCUGUCUGUUAAAUCACUGUCUCCAUUCAUGGCAAGGACAUGUGUGUUGUUACCAGUUAUUGGGUGUUUUGAUCUGUCCCCCUGUUCAUGGGGAACAGCUCUUGUGAAGUCAUGUUAUCUUGUGGAGAGCCUGGGCAAACUCCAGUGGGUGAUGUGAAGGAGCCCUACAGCAUUUCUGCUGGAAACUCAUUUUUUUCCCUGUCCCAUAAACUGUCUUUAUUUUUGGCUGGCA